UCCUGUGGCUGCUGCCUGCGCUGGCGGCUGCAGCAGAGCUCUGGACAGCUUUGCAGGAGGGCACUUCGUGGCGCUGCAGAGGAUGCCAAGAAAGGGGACGAGAAGUCGCCCAUACCGUAGUCCGGCAAUGCACAGAGAUUGAAAGCUACUGGAAGGGAGAAUUUGCCUGUCUUGUGCUGCAGAAGACAUGGUUUCGCGGAAGGUGGUGGGAUCGCUUGUGUGUCUGUUUGUGGCUACCACGUUUCUCUGGAUGACAGUUGGGAACAGGAAAGUGCAUUACCUCCUGUAUUACCUUCCUUGCCCUGAAAUCUUCUCCAUGAAACUCCAGUACAGAGAAGAGAAGCCGAUCCAGCUUUUCCCCCAAUUAUUUUAUCCACAGCCAAGAGCACUGGCUCCAAAGCGUCAGGACGUGCUGACUCUCACGCCAUGGUUGGCCCCCAUCAUCUGGGAAGGUACCUUCAACUCUGAAAUCCUGGACCAUGUCUACAAGCCUCUGAAUCUCACCAUAGGGGUGACAGCCUUUGCCAUUGGGAAAUACACCCGGUUCGUGGGCCGCUUCCUCGAGUCAGCAGAGCAGCAUUUCAUGAAGGGCUAUCGCGUGACCUACUACAUCUUCACCGACAACCCGGAGACGAUCCCCAGCGUCCAGCUGCAGCCCGGCCGCGCUCUUGUCAUCGUCCCCAUGAAGAAAUACUCCAGCUGGCAAGAGAUCUCCAUGCGCAGAAUGGAGAACAUAAACAAGCACAUAGCGGAGAGGAGCCAUCGGGAGGUGGACUACCUCUUCUGCCUGGACAUCGACAUGGUGUUCUACAAUGCCUGGGGGGCAGAGACCUUGGGGGACAUGGUAGCAGCCAUCCACCCGGGCUAUUUCAAAGUCCCUCGAAGCCAGUUCCCUUACGAGAGGAGGAGCAAUUCAGCAGCCUAUAUCCCUGAGGAAGAGGGAGACUUCUACUACGGAGGAGCUGUGUUUGGGGGGCUGGUGAAGAAGGUUUAUGAGUUCACCAAGACUUGCCACAUGACCGUGCUGGCAGACAAAGCCAACGGGAUCAUGGCAGCCUGGCAGGAGGAAAGUCACCUCAACAGGCACUUCCUCUCCCACAAACCCUCCAAAGUGCUUUCCCCGGAGUACCUGUGGGACGACAGGAAGCCCAGGCCCCCUGAGAUCCACCUCAUACGAUUUUCCACAGUGGAUAAGAACUACAAGGAGAUACGAGACUGAGCGUCUCAUCUUUGCGGAGAGGUCAUCCACGCAGUCACAUCCACUGGAUAUCAGCUCCCAGAGCGUGUGCUCAGGGUAAACUUUGUGCCCAUUGUGAAUGAACUGAGCAAGGAAGAUGGGACUAGCUUCUCUGGAGCAUGGGUGUCUUAAAGUAUUUCAGAAGCAGCAAAAUUCAAAGUGAGGGAGACACUGGAAAGGUUUUUAUCCUCCUAAUCCCUGUAAGUGCUUCGUUUUGCUUGUGGCUACUGCACGUACGAAAACGGCCUCCGAAAGGCUCAAUGUCAAAUGCACUGCUAUCCUUAUAGCCAGGCUGCAGAUGCUGUUGCCUCCGUGUUUUCCUGAGAAACUGGGCUGGACUAGUAGAAACUGGGCUGACAGGACAAAUUAGUUUGAUUUCAUAUAGCAAUCUUCCACACUCCAAUCCACGUUUUAAAGACUCAGGUUUCAACAGAAUGGGCACCGUUUGAGCUCAAUUUGAACAACUUUGGGUUUAUUCCAAUCACAGAUGUGCACUGAACCUUUUCCCUGGAUCACGUGUCUCCAGGAAUCAUGGACUCUUUUCU